GGCUUAUACAGCAAUACUGAUCACAUCUGAGAACAGGAGAUAUAUCGGAAUAUGAAAGGUGUAAAUGUAGAAGAGCAGUUUUAGAUGACUGACUAAGGAAGCUUCGUGUAGUCUAAAUACUGAAAACUUCUCGCAGAUGUUAAUGAAAUUCAGCUUUAUCUCCAACUCCUGUCAGAAUUAAACUAUUUAAAAAGGAAAUUUUGAGGUUAGACUACAUGUGUCAGUACAAACCUUGCUGUUGGCAGAAACCAAUUUUUCUUUCUUGUUAUUUAACUCAGAGAAGCCUGUUGAAAUCUUUUCUAUUCCAUAUCAAAAUUGAAAAUUCAAGAAGAUAUGUCACCAUGAAAACCUCCUCACAGAUACCUCCUGCAAGUUCCCCUGUGUGAGACCACUCUACCCAAGGCCCUGAGUAUUAAGCAAUUGUAGAAUUUGCUGUAGAAUUCACCCCUUGCUGCAGAAUUGUUUCCAGAAUCUCAGAUUUCAUUUUUUAAAGAAUUACAUUUCUAGUCCUUAUGACUGCGAAGGAAAUGUCAAAAAUGUGAAUGGAUGCCUGUCUGAGUCUGCAAAGAGCCAGCAGCAAUAGCUCUGAGAGGAGUGAAUUGUCCUAGUUAUUUCAGUCAGGGACCUUUGGACUCAGAGAUUGUGCAGAAAUGGGAUAUAGUAUUUGUCACGCUGUGUGCCGUGGUUCACAACGGAUCUCAGCACAGCUUCUCCUACUGAAACUGACAAGUACUAAUGAUGGCUGACAGCGUGAAGGCUGCAGUGCUUGCCUUGUGGACCCUUUUCUUUUCACGUGCAACAUAUCACAUUAUGGCAACAGGGAGCAUACAGAUGUUUGACUGCUUCACUGACUAUGCCAGGGAGCUGACUUGUCACUGGGAAGUGGCUCCACAAACAAACUGCUCCAAGGAAUUCCGCCUCUAUUACAAGAAGGAAUAUUUCUCAACAGUAUAUAAUGCAUGCAUCCCUGAGAAUAGAAAAGGCAGCAGCAUGAAUUCCAUUUCCAACUGCAUUUGCAUAAUUCUGUCCGAAUAUUUCACAACAGGCCUCACAUAUCAUUUAGCACUACAGGCCAAUGGGACGGUGCUGUGGAAGGACACUGUAAUACCAGCACACAUUGUUAAACCAAGGCCCCCAAAAAAUCUUACCAUUGAGAAGAGUGAAAAUGAUAACUUCUACGUCUUGAAGUGGAUCGAGAGCUACAGCACAGGGGACAUGCUCUAUGGAGAGGAAGUAAACUAUGAAGUCAAAUACUGGAACAAGCAGAAUCCAGAAGAGAAGUUUGUAAAACAGCUUCCCUACCAAACGACACACUUCGAAAUUCUUGCAACACAGUUGAAGCGAGGGUAUGACUACCUUGUAAGCGUACGGCGUAAUUAUACAGGCAUCUAUUCCACCAAAUGGAGUGACUGGAGCAAUGCAGUUGAAUUUCACAGUGAUUUUGGAGUAACUUUAGAAGAUAGUCUGCAGAAGAUUGUUCUCAUAUCCUGCAUGUUGAUCCCGGCUCUGAUCUUAAUCUGUUACUUCAGCUUUGCCAUAGUUAAGAGAGAAUGGUGGGAUCAAAUCCCAAAUCCAGCCAAGAGCCAUCUGGUUGUAAAGAAUGUCAAGGCAGCUGAGAUUUCAGUCUGGAGGAAAAUGCUGUCCACUGAUGAAAUUAAGGCACCUUUCCAUGAUGUGAAACAGACUCACAUGGAACACCAACUAAGCUGUAAGAACUGUCUUGCAAAAUAUGCUCAAGGCCAAAUCUUGAAGGGGAAAGAUAACGUCAAAAGUGGUGAGAAACCCAACAGUUGCCUGAAUAAAUGUGGAGAGUGGUUCCCAGAAGAGUAUGAGGCUGUUCUAAUUCCAGAGAUCACUUUGGUUGAAGAUUCUCUUGAAGUCUGUGAGUAUUCAACAAACACUGAAACUGAGAGCCAUGAGGACAACCUGGGUCAGAUCGUCUUGUGCUCACCUGGUGAGAGCAGUGCUAAUAGCUUUAUCGAACACACUCAACACAAUGAUGUACUUGCAGACAUGUUUAUUAAGCUACUAGAAUGUCGAACCAGUAUUCGUGACACUGAAGUUCCAGACUUCAUCAUAGAAGAGCAUAAAAUCUUUGAGAACGGUGAAUCAGAAAAUUCAUCACAGCAAACACCAAAAGAAAAUGUAGUCCAGGAUCAACAGUCAUGUGAUACUUCACACACUUGCUCCUUUCCCAGUACAGCCUCUCAGGAUGACUACAACUGUAGGGCAGCUAGCACAAAGUCAGUGAGAUCAGAAGAAUCGUUUGAAUCUGGUUAUCAAAGUUCUAACACAGAUACUGCUUCUCCCCAGGCAAAGAAUCCUCCAGACGUCUUGCAUCAAAGCCACUUUCUUUGCAGUUCUGAAACUCAGCAUGACUUGUUGGUCUUGAUUAAAAAAUCACCAAAUGCUCCUUCCUCUGAGAUAAUCAAAGAUGGAAUAAAUAGUCCAGCAUAUAAGAGCUUUGACAGCCUCCUGUCUCAGUCCACGGAGUCUUGUAGCACAGCAUAUAAGAGCUUUUACAGCCUCCUGUCUCAGUCCACGGAGUCUUGUAGCACAGCAUAUAAGAGCUUUUUCAGCCUCCUGUCUCAGUCCACAGUUAGCAAUAGCCUGACACAGUGUUUGGAAAACCCAAGUUCUUCACUGUCCUUAGAGUUUCCAGAGAAUCAAAUACUUCCCUGCAGAGAAGAACAAAUCCAUCGACCCCACAGUGAUCAAAGUUGUUAUACUGACCACAAGGGUGACUGCACUGAGACUGCUUUUCAAAUCACCUGUUCAGAAGACAUAGAGUUUCCAUGGUUUUCCUCCCAUGCUCAUGACAAACUUUCAUUUUUCCUGCCAGAGAAAGAAAUACACAAGCAAAUAACAUGUCAAAAUCUUCCAGAAAAAGCAGCUGCAAUUUCCAGCCCCUCUGUUUCUAAUCCAUCUAGUUACCAGCCUUUUGAUAUUGCUCUUAAACACCAUAAUACACACUGUGACAAUAACAGUGAGGCUAUUUCUGAGUCGCCUUAUAAACCCUUUAUCAACCUUUUAAACAACAACCUCAGAGAAACACUUCCAGCUAUCAUCUGUGAAUCUGACCUGCAGAUAGACUUGUCAGACUUUCUAUAGCAUUGACUCAGAUGUUAUCACAGGCUUUUGCCUUUGGUCUGAGUUCAGAAGAGGAUCUCACACAAAACAGCAGGGACAGUCCUUGGAUUAUCGGCUUUAAUGAACCUUGUAGUGAUGGUGAAGAUGAAGAUACUGUGGGCAAGAAAAAGUUGCUGUGGUCUUUAGAUUCUAGCUCUCGGGAAGACUGGGAGGACCAUACAGGAGACAAAAAAUUGUACUUCUGACUACUACUGACUGUACAGAUGAAAGGAUACAAGAGAGUAUAAAUAACAUGCCAUGUCCUUUUCUAAUAUGUUAUACACAUGACCAUUUGAGGACGUCUGUAAAUGCAGAAGAAAGGGAAGCGCAGUUACAGAAUAUUGUGAGCACAGGAAGUGGCCGUGCAGUUAAUUUAUCAGAUGAAUCACUGAACCACAACACUAUUGUAUCUAAACCAUCCUUAGAAAGAAAUCAAACUUCAGAGCCCCCGAACUCAGCCGAGUUGCCACUGGGUGGCCCCUUUGUGGAUAGCUCCUGUUUAGGAACCUGUCCUUUUGAUUAUUGCUCCGUUCCAGGUAAGGGAUCAAAAAUGUCACUUUUCAUAAAAACAGGCCAAAUGGACCUAAUGAGUGAGAGCACCAGGAUGAACCAGAAAACAGUGAAACUUACACAAGCCCGUGUCCAUGAAGGUAAUUGCUAUAUGAACAUGACCUAGAUUAAUUUCAUGGGGUUGCAAUCAAGAUAGCCUUUGGGAAUAAACUGUGUGGAAAAUGGAAAUGUUGCUUGUUUUCCCACACUCCCUCCAGAAGAACAAGCUGUCACUAUGCAGACACCGGGUGCGCUCUGGAACAGAUCAGAAUAGAUUUGCUGGGAUGUCAUGGUCACACUUGCUCCAGCUGUCAAUUGGUAAAUGGCUUGGACUCUUGGGGCUGUUGGUGUUCAAGGAUCCCAGCAGUGGCUCUCCCAGUGUAAAGAUGGUGACAAGCUACUGACUGAGCUAGAGUCUGUGAUGGGGACUGACUUCACCCCCACAACUAGUAGCAGCUGCAUAGGGCAUGAACUCGUGUUCAUUUUGGCUUCCCCAGUAUUGGUCUGGCCCCAAUACCCUUGCAUGGGAAACAUAUUGACCCUGUAGCUCAGAUUCAGAGGUGCUAUAUAAGCUGGUUCAUGUCCCGAGGACCUGAAGAAGGUGCAAGUUAAAGCAGGAGGUUGCUGAUUUCAAGGACACCUUUGCACAGCCUCUCAUUAGCUACUUUCAGGAGAGUGCAGGGACUGUAACGGGGGCUGGCCCUGGCGUGGAUGAUGUGAGAAGGGAAGGUGUAGCUCCCUCAUGGCCAGCGGUUGCUUUGCAUCACCCUGCUGAAUUUCCCUUUAUGGACUCCUCAAAAACUCCAGAUCGGAGCCCGAAAGUAAUUAGAACACUCCCCUCUUUGGGUCCAAUUUAUUUAGUCCUGACACACACUGGCUUUCCAGGCCUUAAGCCCAGUUCAGCAUCUCUCUCUCUCCUUUGGGUAGGGAAUCCCACUCCCAAACACUCCUUCCUGGAGCUGGGUCACUGUACAAUGUCUCUCUGCAGGCCUCCAAGCUCCCCUGGUGUCUCAGGGUCUUCCCUGCUGUAGUAAGCUACUCCCAGCACUUCUUACCUGAGGCAACUCCUCUGGUCUCAGGGUCUUCCCUGCAGGAACCUUUCUCACUCUCUGCAUUCCAUUUCCUGCAGACACACCCCCUUCUUUUUCCUGCAGCUUCCUGCUGCUCUCAUAGGGGACUUGUCUGAUCCCUGCUCAGGUGUGCCUACUUAGUUACUAAGGUUGGUUGGUCCCAAACCUCUAGCCCUUAAAUGGGCAAGCUACCCUUUUACAGGAGGUUCCUGAGUCUGCCCCCCUUAUGGCUGCAUGCAAAGGCCAGCACUGUCUAGCCCUCAGUAACUGUAUUCAUGAGGAUCAGUUCCUGAUCUGUUAUCUUAGUGUGACUGCAAUAACUCUGUGGAAGUCAGUGGUGUUACUCCACACUAGUAUCAGUGUAACUGAGAUCAGACAUUUUUAAACUCUGUAUGCCCAAAAAGCCUGACUAGUGUAAGAUCAAACUCUCUAAACUGCGUGUGUAUUCCACCAAGUUUCUGUAUGUGUCCAGAGUAUAGACUGGAAAUGACUCCCACAGCUGAAUUCAGCUGGGAUCACAUAUGCCCCAGCCCCUUGUGAUAAUACGUCCAAAGGUUUUCCCUCAGACUCUGAACUACUUGAGCGCGCAGAAGUAUAUACUGUGGCAUUGUAAAUGCCACAGUAAGGUGGUGAGUCCAGAUAGUUAAAUGGCCCCUGCAAAUUCUUUACAUUUCAAGCCAACUCAUAUUAUUCAGAAAUCCCUGUUUUCAUUUCUAGCUAUAAACAGAGAGGCCUAGGCCUGUUCAGAGAAUGCAUCUGUGGCCACUGUUCAGCUACUGCAUUAGCAUCUUCUAUAAGGGAGGUUUUUCACUGCAGCAGCUCUACCUACAAAACUCAGAUAGGCAGGCAGAUAAGGGGUUUUGUGCCCCAUGUAGACUUUUGUGGCCAUACAAAGGAAGUGCAUAACCGCAGAAGGGCACUACUGCAAGCUGCACAUGUUCAAGGCAGGUGUGCAUUUGUUUGGACACUGGUACUUACACCACUGUAAUGAGGAUGUUGAUAAAUGAAAACAUAUUAUUGUUGAUUGUUAACUUGGUGAUUAACACAUUAAAGACUUUUAC